GGCCCACGCCGUCCGUGGUCACGAGGCAACGUCCCAGCUGAGCUGCAGCCAAUAAUGUUCCCAUCUACACGGCGCGCGAACCGCACGCGCACGCACCUCAGUGUCGUCUGCUUCUUGCAUGCGUUUCCGUUUUGGGACUUCAGCUGCAGCAUGUGUGGGAGAGUUCGAAAAUGAGACACCGCAGCGACUUCAAGGCAAAAAAGACUUGUUUCUGUGCCUUCAGGAGAAGUGAACCAUGAAGGGGCAGUUGUUUCGUGGUUAAACAACAAGCCGCUGUUUGUUUGGGACGACACCAUUGUAAGCUAAUCUAACAACUUACAACAUCCGCUGGAAUGACUAAUCGGAGAAUCAUUGCACAGUGAACAUCCUCCACGUCACCGAUCCACACUACUCCCCACCUGUCCACAACACGUCACCACUCCACACUACUUCCCACCUGACCAGAAAAGCGAGAACAUGAUAACCUCAGCUUGAAUUAUCGACAGUGGUGAGACUAGGAAUACGUGCGUGCCAGACAUGAUUAAGCAGAAGCCAGUCAUGCAAGUCCUUCGUUUCCAGCCCCAGAGAGAACCCAAGCUGAAGUAGUUUGAUCAUCACGGAAGCUGUCCAGGCUUUGACACUCUGCGCAUGAUCUGGCCUCGUGCAAGAUUUCGAACUGAAAAGAAGUGUCUUGCACGCUCACAUGCUGCGUAUCCUGCAGAGAGCUUGACCUCGAUGACCUGAGCAGUGGCUUCUCCAUUCGAUCAGCAGAUGCCCUGUCCCAGAUCCGACUCUGACCGGCUUCAAAGCAGAUGUCAUCGCCAUCGAUGAAGAUGCUGAGAACCACGAACUUAUAUCUCAUUGUUUCUACUUAGACUGUCGUCGUUGUCGUCGUUGUCGUCGUCGUCAGAGAGUGUGAAGGACGAGUGAGAAUGCGUCUGCAGCGCCUUUCCUCCCCCGGAGUGGAGUCGUCUUCUUGCUUGAGGCCGUUGGCGUUGUUGUGGUUCCUGCUCGCUGCUACAGCAUCUUCAGAUGCGCCGCCUAGAGACGAGGCUUUGACAGACGAGCAACGCCUGCUGAACGUUCUCCGUGUGAACUAUGACCCCGCGGUGCGACCUGUCUUCGACGCCAGACAGACCGUCGUCAUCCACCUCGGCAUAACGCUGACUCAGAUUAUUGACGUGGACGAGAAAAAUCAAGUUCUUACAACCAAUGUUUGGCUCGAUCAGGAGUGGGUGGAUCAAAAACUUAAAUGGAACACGUCUGAUUUUGCCAACAUUACCAUUCUACGCAUACCAUGUGACCUCAUCUGGUUGCCGGACAUUGUCCUGUACAACAGUGUGGAGAACCAUAACAAAGGGUACAUGAAGUCGCUGGCCAUGGUGGAGCACAACGGGAAAGUCUUCUGGCCGCCCAUAGUACGCAUGCGCAGCUCCUGCAAGAUGGACAUCACCUACUUCCCUUUUGAUGAUCAGAUUUGUACCCUAAAGCUGGGAUCCUGGGCAUAUGAUGGACUGCAGGUGGACGUGACGAACCGGACCGUCAACAUCGACCUGUCCAACUACGUGGACAACGGCGAGUGGCAGCUGAUGGACACUAGGAUCGUCCGCAACGUCAAGUACUACCAGUGUUGUCCUGAACCGUUCCCCGAUGUCGUCUUCUACCUGCACAUCCGGCGUCGAAUCCUGUACUACCUGCUCAACGUCAUCAUCCCCUGCAUGCUGCUCUCCAGCCUGUCCUUGACCGGCUUCUUGCUGCCGCCGGACAGCGGCGAGAAGGUGACCCUGGGCUUGACCGUGCUGCUGGCAUUCUCUGUCUUCAUGUUGCUGGUGGCCGAGAACAUGCCCCCCACUUCAGAGUAUGUCCCUCUCGUCGGUAUCUACCUGACGGUGAUAAUGGCGAUGAGCGCGCUGUCGGUGGCGUUGUCAGUCUUCGUUCUCAAUUGUCACCACCGUGGCGCAAUGCUUCACCGUCCCCAUCCCAUCGUCCGCUUGGUGGCGCUGGCUAUCGCGCGCAUGAUGUGCAUGUCCCUGCGCUACCUGAACAAGGGCCCCUACCGCAGGUGUGCCAGCAACAACCUGACCUCCCCUUGCGGCAGACAGCCUUCUUCCAUCUUCGGUCACACGACCUCAUCUUCCUACCUGGAGAACGGCCUCCACGAGCUGAACUCCCCCACCGAUAACGAGGAGGAAUGCAACGACCAACACCACCAACACCACCAACACCAACAGCAACAACACGUCAUUCAUCAGCAUUACCAGCAUCAGAACCACCACAACCACAACAACCAGAGCUGUCUCAGCCAACACAAUAACAUUCAGCAGCACCGGCAACAUGUGAUCGACCUGGGCCUCAACGGCCUGGUUGGGGACUGGAGCAGACCCGCCGACGGCACAGCCCCCUCCACCGCCAACAGCCAGCACACCGGAAACGGAGGCGGAGUAGGCGGGACCCCGCAGGCAUGCGCGGGGAGAACAGAGCGCGAGAUCCUCCUGUACCUACGGGCGGUGCUGGAAGCACAUGAGCGAGGCAAGCUAGAGCGCGUGGCGGUCUGUGAAUGGCAGGAGGUGGCGCGGGUCAUGGACAAACUCUUCUUCUGGAUCUUCGUCAUUGUCACCUUCAGUCUCGACCGUCGUUCUGCUGGUCAUCUCGCCCAUGACAAAGAACGUCAACGUGCACGAACAGUGAGGACGUCAGUGUGCUUCAUUCAUGACCAUAAAACGUCAUCGUACCAAAACAAUGACGUCGUUCAAGCCCCAUCAUUCACCGCGGUGUUGUUUGCCAAGCCUGCCAGAAGACCUCUGAUCCCUUUGCACUUGUCCUUACUGUUCGCUGCUGCCGCUCACGCUAACCUUUACCAGAAUGUCGUCGUCCUCGUCGAGACAUCGUCUCGUUCAUCUCUGGGUCGUGCUGUUGAUCGGCACGUCGUAUUCGGGGUCAUCUGGAAAAUGCAUCUCAGAGUGAAACAAGAGUUGACCCAUGUGUACCUUGUGCGACAUAGCUUCCUUCCAGUAAGUAAGAGAAUGGGGGUUGAUACCAAAGGUUGUGGCCAAGCUUCUGCUAUGAAUCGAAAAGCUGCUGAAGAAUUUCAUGGUCGACUUGCACUGUCCUCUUCCGAUCAUCACUCAUUGACCUUUGUCUUUCGUCAUGAAGUGCUUACUCGAGGUCGUUAUUAAGUGGAACAACACUUAACAGUUUUGCACCAACACUGAAAACUAUAUCGUAUGACGACUGCACAUAAACAGAAUUAUGUAUAUUAUACGAAUAUAAGUUACAAAGUCAGUAUUUGGACCGACAAGUUAUCUUCAUUAUAAACUUUUGAACAAAACUUUCUUUCUGUAUGAGAGAAGAUUCGUUGUGCUUAAUAUAGAUGCAAACAAAAAUUGCUCUCGAGAAACAAAAGGUUCAUCAAAAUCUUUUUAUCAAACUCUUAGACUAAUUGCAGUAAUAAUGUUUCCUAAAAUUUGAAUCACUAUAACCCCUAUUUCCUUUCCAGAUAGAACAUACUCAGGCAAAGAAAGAGAUCGACACUCAUUAAUACAGGAAUACACUUAUUUAAGGCGCUUAAUUAAGUCCUGGCUUGAUAAAAGCAUUCGCAACAUCCGGUCUCGCUGGUUCUACCAUCCACAACGUAAGCUUAUCAAGUAGAUUCCUGGUACCAGAGGACUUUUUUGACCUCUAUGAGCGGAUGAUUGUAAUCUUGAGACCAUGAUGAGGUUAUUUACUCUAAUUUCUGGACAUGCGAACACAGUCAACUAGAAAAAAGUGCAUAUAUCUGACAAAAGUCUUCCUCGGGGGAACAAAACUGCUCUUGUGAACCUACAGCCAAAAAGAGUUAUGUAAAGACGACAGAGGGGUAUGAAUUUCAUCUCACGUGUGUAACCUUUAAUCUUCUGACGAUCCAAACAAUAUCACAUUUUCAUUUUGUUUUGAUCUGCUAUAACGAUAAAAUUCGUUAAUCGUCCUAAAAAAAAAAGCCCACAACAUCGACAUAAGCACCACAAGACAAUUUAAAUUUUUUCUCAUCUCUCGAGUGUAAACCGGUGUGUAGUAUUUUUUUCAUUUGUGUUGUGAGAACUGCCAUCAUUUCCUCACAAUGUAUUCAUUCAGGACCUGUUCCUGGCCACAUAUAUAAUGCAUGAACGUAGCUAGAACUGCCAGUCAUUGCACCAUAGACUGGAUAAACAAAGUGUAUCACCAAACUGCGAAGAGUGCGAUGGUUGCGAGGACAACAAUGUCGUUACGGUUCACUGUUGCCGAGAAAGUCUAUGAGACAUAGUAUAAGACACAAAGCCAUUGCACCUUUUCUAACAGUUUGCACGUCUAACGUUUCCUUAAUGUUGAAUUUUGUGACAGAAAAAUACCGAUGAGACAUCGACUGUGUGCGAAAGCGACUCCACUUGACGAUAACAGAGAAAAUAAGUCGAGAAGCUAAUAUUUGGUGAAGAAACACUGCUGACUUAUUUCUGUAUAUGGCGAUAAAAACAAGCCACUGAGCUGACAGUAUGGUUAUAAUUUCAACUGCCAGGUGUGUCAAGGUCGCUACACGAGUGAAAAAAAAGUAUUUAAACAAACAUAAAGACAAACAAAAAGCUAAUAAACUACCCACUCCCGAAAAAUAAACAAAACAAAGCCGGUUCUUGUGAUGUUUUGUUCUUGUACAUCGAAAAAGUGCCAUAAGACCUUCGUACUUCCAGCAGGUGUAAAGUCCAGCUAAUCAAAGUCCCCCGAAUUCUUUGUGGUUCAUUUCCGACCCCAUUAUAUGCGGCUGAUUUUUCUGCUUACACUUGCUGGGGUGAGAACACAGGACCCUACUCCAAUCUUGUUUGUUGAGGGCGCGGGUAUUAGGAUACAGCAGCUUUUUCUGGAUUCAUUGUUCUUCGUGGAGUGUUCAUUAAAAGCGCUGUCUUGCUUAC